GUUGCCACUCGCUUCCUUUGCUGUGACAGCUCUAGUGAAGCUAUAAAUUAGGGAUUAUAUGGCAACAUUAAUUGUUUAUUGACAAGACUAAUGACAGACGGCGGGGUCUCGACCGAAGGCAGCUUGCUUUAAUUUAAGGAUUUUUGACUUAUUAAGUGGAUUAUUUCCGUAUUUAUUCGUUAUUUAAGUGAAAAUGUGGAUUAUGGAUGCCUUUUAACAGUUCACGCACGUUCCUGCGUGCAUAUAGUGCAAUAAAAUGUAUAUUCGGUGUAUGUUAGGAGCCAUUUUUAUUAUAUUUAUUUUGUGCGUUCAUUGUGAUAAUGCAGCCAAUUACAACGAAAGCAAGGAAAUUUACGUUCCGUCCGCGCCACAGAACCUAACCGCAAAGGCAGUGACAUCCGAAGACGUCCACCUCUUCUGGGCCCCGCCGAACAACUUCACACGCCACCCCGAACCGAAGAGAGAGCUCCAGGGAGAUCAACCGGCGCGGGAGUUCGACUGGUACAAGAAAGACCAGCUCAAGUACAACGAUGAGUUCUCGUCGUCGGACAUUUUGAACGGCAUGCGGAAACGAGAUCUGCGUUCGCAUAGGCAUAGGAAGCGUCGCCAAGAUAACGCCACAGAGCACAACAUUCACUCCGAACACUCUGACGGUACAGACACACAUCUCGACAUAGAAAUCGUAAAGAAGUCGUUCACGCCGACGUACCCGCAUAAGGACGCCACGCAAAUCGCCUAUGUCCUCUAUUACGAGCAGGGACAGCCGAAGGUUGACGCGGCGCCGGUGAUCGGCGUCCCUAGCUCCGCCGAUGUGAAGAAGAUGAAUUACUUCUCUAGCGACCUGACUAUGGCGGAUUAUUCGAAGGCGACGAGGAAUUUGACGCUGCUCAAUACGGCUGGGAAGCUGACGAAAGUCGUCGGUUUUAAGUUGAGGAAUUUAAAGCCCUUCACCCCCUACAAGAUCUGGGUGCGAGCAUUCUAUAGCUUCUCACUAGAUGGCGUCAAGUCGUCAGACCUUUUAGAGCGUUUGGGCGACGCGUCGACGCCUUUAUACGUGCUCACUGACGUCAAGCCACCUUCGCCGCCGAUCAUCAUGAACCUCACAUGCGACCAGCCCAAUGGUGUCCUCUACCUCCAAUGGCGGCAACCUCUGGAAUACAACAACAGCUUGGACCAGUAUGUGGUGACCCUGAGGAAGAUACCGGAGCUGCAGCCCCGGACCAGGCUCAAACUGCCCACCAGCAAGGCGGAUAUUGAAACUACCAUCAGUGUCUCGGUGGAGCUGUGGAACGCGACGCGCUACGAGGUGAAGAUAUACGCCGUCACGCUGUCCGUGGCAAGUCCUUUGCUACUAAUCAACGGAACCACAUCCGAACCCAAAGAGGUGUCUCCCGAGUGGUGCCAAGUCCACCCCGAGGCGCGAGCGCCGAGCGACCACAUAGAGCAAUCUACUAUGAACGCCGCCAUACUUGGAGCAGGUGCCAUCGCCCUGCUCGCCUGCGUCGGCGCUGCCCUACUCUACUGGAGGUGCAGGUCCCGUCUUAGCAAAUGCAUUAGUGCCGCCUACAACUAUCUCGAAGAAGGCGGCGAAAGAGCCGCCAGGGCGCCGUUAAACUCGUACAAGAAACCUGUGGUAAAUUGCUCACCACUACGACCGGCGGGUUCCCCCACACCGGCGGGGCCGGAGAGUUCAAACAAACCGCCCCGCAUCGGCGGCGCGCAGCACCCCGUAGUGUGCGCGAGAGACUUCCCCAAGCAUGUGGCUGCGUUACAUGCUGAUGGAGAUAUUGGAUUCAGCAAAGAGUACGAGAUAGUAGUUUCGAAGUCUGCCGCUCUCGGUCACACGAGUCACUACAGCCACCGGCCAGAGAACCGGCUCAAGAAUCGUUAUUUGAACAUCACUGCAUACGACCACUCCCGCGUGUGCGUGUCGGCGGGCGCGCGCUGCGGCGCGGCGGGCUGCUGCGGCUACGUCAACGCCAACUUCAUCGACGGCAUGCGGCCCGAGCUCGACGGCUACACCCGGCGGAGGAUCGACCACAACAUACGCAGACAACCAUCAGUAAAACCCGCCAAGCCGCCGCCCAUAGUCGCGGAAGGCAUCGAGAGCGCGUUCCUCAACAUCGAAUUCUCCGGAAUCGUGGAGAGCGAGCAGAGCGAUAGCGAUAGCGAGCGAAGCGAUAGCGAUCCGGAGCUGGACGAUGUUUAUGUCGACGUCGAUGGUGUCCCAACGCGAGUGAAGCUAGAGUGGCUAAUAUGGAAGCGGCGCUACAUUGCGACUCAAGGCCCCACCCCGCACACGCUCGACGCGUUCUGGCGUAUGAUCUGGCAACACAAAGUCCAUACUGUAGUCAUGAUUACCAACUUAGUCGAACGAGGGCGGCGCAAAUGCGACAUGUACUGGCCGGGUGGCGGUCGGGGCAGCUCCGCAGAGUUCGGCGGCGUGCACGUCACGUUGUUACACGAGGACGUGCGCGCCGCCUACACCGUGCGCCAUCUGCGGGCGAAGAACAACAAUCAUAAAUCGGAUAGCGAACCGGCAAGUCCAGCAAACGAAGCCGACGCGGCCGGUCGCAUCAUAGUCCAGUACCACUACACCGUGUGGCCCGACCACGGCACGCCGCGGCACCCGCUCGCCGUGCUGCCCUUCGUGCAGGCCGCCGCCGCCGACCCCGGCACCGUGCUGGUGCAUUGCAGUGCUGGCGUCGGACGGACAGGCACCUACAUAGUCCUCGACGCACAACUCAACCAGCUCAAGCUCACCGGAACCCUCAGCCCUCUCGGGUUCCUCUGUCGCGCGCGCACACAAAGAAACCAUCUCGUCCAAACCGAAGAACAGUAUGUGUUCGUCCACGAUGCGUUACUCGAGCACGUCCGCUCAGGAAACACAGAGGUCGAGUUCUCCAAAGCGAGGGAAUAUCUAGUCAAACUACUCCAACCUAUCUCCGAUGACGAGCUAGCCGUUUUAGACCUUAAACCUACCAAGCAGAAGAGCGUUAAUGAUUUAACAAACGGUAUAGAGAACGGCGAAACGGCCAGUUUAAAAUCAAGCAAAGAAGUAAGCGAAAAUAAUGCGGAAAACGGCAGUCAACUCUCGAUAAAGACUGAAGAUUUGAACAGUGAGCAAAGCAAGAGUGUUAAAGAGGAUGAUGAGACUAAAGAGGUUAUGGUGAACGGGGAUGAAAGUGAGGGGGUGUACGAUUUGGCGCCGAGGUCCACAGACACGUACAGUAAGAAAAUGCAGGCGUAUAAUAAUAUGACUGAUCAGGAGAAGGAGGAGAUGAGGAGGGCGAACCGAGUGGAAAAUUACGCGUUGCUAGAGCGCAUGCGGUCUCUAGCGAACCGGAAUCAAACGUAUCAGGGCCCGCCGCCAGUCAAUCUACUCGAGAAACAGUUCUUGCUAAUAACACGGUCGUGCGUGGACGCGUCCGUGUCUGCGCGCGCGCCACACAAUUUGGACAAGAACCGGCCCGGCGCCGCCCUGCCGGCCGAUACUGCGCGCGUCAUGCUGGUGCCCAAGCCCGGCGUCGAAGGAAGCGAAUACGUGAACGCAUCAUGGGUAUGCGGCCGACGGCGGUUGCGAGAGUUCGCCGUCACGCAACACCCUCCCCCCGACGCGGCGCCCGAACUGUGGCGGUUACUAUGGGACCAUACGGCCCAGCUGGUUCUACUGCUGCACUCGCCGUCCGACCCGGAAUGCGAAACGUUCUGGCCCACCGAAGACGAAAAGGAACUGUUUGUCGCCAACUUCAGAGCGAGCUUCGUUUCCAAGGACACCUACGUAGCCCAUCGGAAGACCAGCCGGAAACCUACCCCUACGGAAACCCCCGUCGAACCGGAAACCAAUGGCUACCGACGGCAGGAGUCAGACUGUGCUGACGACGAAAGACUAAUACCGGAAAACAGCUCCCCAAUAUCAGACGUAGAACCCGCGUAUCGUUUCGAUAGAACGGAACUCAGACUCGAGCGUCUCAGUACUGGAAACAGAGACUUAUCCGCCCGGAAAUCCAUAGCGAACGGUGACCUAUUCUCAUCGUUUUCGGAAAAGAAAUCCGGCCCCAAAUCACCUAAAAGUCCUUCGAAAAUGUCGCUCAAAAACUUCAAGUUAAGCUCCCCUACUAAAUUCAAGUUCCCUGAUUGGGGAUCGAGAACCGCCGGCUCCCCUCCCGAUGUAGCCCCGCCCCCACCCCCUGUAGCGCCCUCUCUAACUGUCGAAGAAGAGGCGGAACUGAGACGGCCUUGCUACAGGUUCGAAAAGGUCGAAAGCGUACCAGACAAUACGCCUUCAGACCGAAUAAUAGAAGUAACGAACGUCAGCGUACAUUCAUUACAAGACGAUUACCAAUUAAGUGUUAAGUUUAUACAAUGCUCUGGUUGGCUAGAUGGUGACACCACAGAGUAUACACAAGGGAAACCGGAGGAGAAUGAGUUUGUUAGAGCAGUGCGGGACGCUGUGAGUGAGAGCGAGAGGGAGGAAGCUGUGGAUCGGCUUAUAGCGCCGUAUAGGGAGUCGUUCGCGUUGAUCGAGUUCGUUGCGGGGUGCCAGAUGGAGUACAAGAAUGGGCCGGUGGUUGUGGUUGACAAGUAA